CUUCCUGAUUCCUUAUCUUACCAUGGUGCUCGUGUGUGGCAUUCCUCUUCUCUUCAUGGAGUUUACUGUUGGGCAGUAUACUCGUUUAGGGCCAGUGCAUGCUUUUACCAAAAUCUGUCCCUUGUUGAAAGGUAAGUGACUCUCCAGGACGGUGAAUCUCUGCUAAUAUGACGGGGAACAUUUUUGUAGACUUAUUUAUUUUUGUUGUUGGACCACCUUUAAAAAGGUUGGCUUUGCAUGCAUACACAGUUUUUCUUUGUUUUCAAAUUCAAAAUCCAAAACCAAGAGUCCAACUCAUAUAUUUGCAGAAAAAUAUUUAAUUAUUAGCCAACAGCACCAGAAACUCCAGCUGAUCAAUACAGUGUCUAAACAGUGAGUUUUAAAAUGGACUGCCCUACCAACCCAGAUAACUGUAAAAGAGGUCAGACAAGCUUGAUGUAUUUAAAAUUUGUAACACAAUGAAAACACAAGAUUAUAUCUGGGUUUAUUUCAAAGAUAACUGCUGUCAACAUUAAAACAUAGCAUAUUAAUCAGACGACACACAGAAAUGGAAAAAAGAAAAGUCUUCAGCCAAGGAUGAGUUAAAGCUGCAAGGGGUUAAGAAACACAAACAGCAACACACUUUAUAAUGACAACCAAGCACAAAGUGCAGUCAACCCAUGUAUGAGAGUGAGAUGGUUUGAAAUCUUGCCACACCCUGACAGAAGCAAGUUUUUUAAAAACUUGACAAUCAUGAAAAACGGGAAUAAUUUAUGCAAAACAUGAAAGACCUCAUGUGUGGAUUUUCUGCUUUCCUCCAGCCAUGAAGCCCACAUUAUCAUUCAGUGUAAAGUGAAAAAGGAUCUUAGAUAAAUAUUUAAAUUAUUUAUCAAUAUUUAGCCAUGGUGAAGGCAUGCAGGUGUCUGAAUGCUUUGGUUUGAAUAAAUCCUGCUUUAUUCUCUUUCAUAUUUUUUUCAUGUUGAUGGAUGAGAACUUGUUUAGCCAAAUUUCUAACCUCUGUGACUGCAUGUGUUUUAACUUUGUGAGGUAUGAUUGAACCCUUCAAAUGAUCAAGUUAACGUCAGUAAAAUCAGUGAUAAUUAAGUCAAUCACGAGCGACUGAAGAUGUUCUCUCUGAGUCUGCAUUAGUUUAUUAAAAAGCAAAAAGUAGGCCAAUCAUGUGGAUCAGUAUGUUGCUUAACGUUCGAUUGUUGUUAUAAAAAACACAGAAGCUGAGACAUUCCCACAGUUUUACAUCUCCAGAAAAUGAAAAGUGUGGACUCUGAGAGGACCGACAGUCUGUCUAAAUCCCUCUAAAUCAAACAAGAGACCAGCCAUCAACAAUCUCUACUUGUGGGUGUGAAAUGACAAUGCUUUCUGUCUUGUUCUAACUUGAGGAUUUUUCUCCAUAGUUUUCUUAUCUCCUUAAGGACAGAGAUUAUCUACCCGGUCAAAACGUUUGGGUCCUUCACUUGAUUUAUCGCUCAUUUCUUCCUGGUUAAUGCUCUGUGCUAAGCAAGGGCCCGAAGCAGGUGUUGGUCUGGCCACAGUUGUUAUCUCCUUCGUUUUCUGCACAUAUUACAAUGUGCUCAUGAGCUGGGCACUUUACUAUUUAUUCAACUCCUUUGGAAUGGAGACCCUGCCUUGGAAGUCCUGCAACAACACUUGGAAUGCUGUUGGAAACUGUUCGAGCGGCUUUCCUGGCAAUGAAACCCACCUGCAGUCUGCUAGCCAACAGUUCUUUGAUAACAGACUUCUGGAAAAGACUCGCGGUAUUGAAGAUUUAGGUGGUCUUCGCUGGGAACUCUUUGGGUGUCUUGUCUUGGUCUGGGUUAUUGUGUACUUAUGUAUAUUUAAAGGAGUCAAAUCCACAGGAAAGGUAGUAUAUUUCACUGUUGUGUUUCCAUACUUCAUCCUGUUUGCCCUCCUCAUCAACAAUGUGCAGCUUCCUGGAGCCAAGAAUGGUAUCCUCUAUUUUGUGACACCGGUAUGGAGCAAACUGUUUGAAGUGAAGGUUUGGCUUAAUGCAGCUGCCCAGGUGUUUAACUCACUCGGAAUAGCAUUUGGCUCGAUGAUUUCAAUGGCAAGUUACAACAAGUUCAACAACAACAUUCUCAGGGAUGCACUGAUUGUAUCAGUGGCCAACUCUUUCACUAGUAUCCUGGCUGGCUUCGUGAUCUUCUCAGCUGUCGGUUACAUGUCUCAUAUACAUAACCUCCCGGUGGACAACAUAGCUACAGAUGGUCCUGGUUUGGUGUUUGUUGUGUACCCUGAAGUCCUUUCAACCAUGCCAGCCUUUCAGCUAUGGGCUCCACUUUUCUUUAUCAUGCUGUUGUGUCUGGGCUUGGACAGUCAGUUUGCCACAGUUGAGGUAGCUGUGACUUACAUAAAGGAUGAAUUUGGAGCCAAAGUUCUGCCUUUCCUGAAGAGAGAAGAGCUGCUGGUCCUGACUGUGUGCUUUGUUUGCUUUGCACUGGGGAUUCCACACAUUACUAAGGGAGGUAUCUACGUGUUUCAGCUGAUGGACCACUACACUGCUGUAGUUUCUCUCAUGUUCCUGGCUUUCUUUGAGGUUGUUGCCGUCUGUUGGAUCUUUGGUGUCCCACGUAUCUCCUUAAUGAUCAGGAGGAUGCUAGGAAAAAGUCCAAACAUCUACUUCCGAGUCUGUUGGCUGCUGCUCUGCCCCAUGUUGGUGCUGUGCAUACUGGUUUCCAGCAUUAUUCAGUAUACUCCUCCUCACUAUGGGAAGUACGAAUACCCAGUGUGGGCUGAAUGGGUGGGCUGGGGCGUGUCUUUGGUCUCUAUAGUAUGGAUCCCCUUUGGUGCAAUACAAGAGAUCUAUAACAAUAAAGGAUCUCUUCUUCAGAGACUGAAAACAGCUAUGACUCCGACAAUAGACCUGGAUGUUAUGGCUCACCUGCCGGAAAAACAAAACCUUGUCAACCUGAUGUCUGAAAAAUUGCUCAGUUCGGUGCCACCUGUGACACAGUGACCACAUACAAGGCCUGGAGUAAGCAGACUUUGGGCCAUUUCUAUCAUAAUCCCAGUUACAUCCAAAGAGCUGUUGUUAUCUCAAACUCUGCGUUUAUACUUUAACAACUAAAGCCACUUAGCCUGCAGGCAACUUCAAAACCAUACAGUAAGUCACCCGUUGCACCUUUUACAAAGAAUGGAACUAAAAUCUGUGGCUUUGUUCACCAACUGAAUUUUAAAUUUAUUUUAUUUUGGGUAGGAGUGACUGAGGAGCGAGUAAUUGUUUAAAACGAUUGGUUCAUUAUGCUGUGAGGUUCAUUGUAUACAUCGCUGAGUCUGUGGGGUUAAAGAGUGUAUAAUGGAUCUAUGGCAGAGGUAGUCACAAGCCUUUUAGGUCACUACAUUUAUGAGUUGAAUAAUUAAAACUUAAUUUUAAAUCAACAAAAGAAAUAGGUUUGAAAAGGCUUGGUCCAAUGAACAGGAAGCAGACAUAUUCUUUCUAUUGACAGAAGAUAAAUAUGAAAGCAGAAAAAUACAGGUUCUAGAGAUAAUGUGUUUGCUAGUUUGCUUUUGUUUAAGCUGAAGAUUCAUUCAAACUUAUUUUAGUUUCUUAUUGAUAUUCAAAAUUGCAUCCACUUGGUAAGCUGGCUUAGUUUAACAUACUGUAUAAACUAGGGUAACAAUAAAGUAAUUUGAGGAUUGUUGUGAUUGGAUAAAUAAUUAGACCAUGACACGGUCAUAAAUGUGACCUAUAUAUUGUAUUCAGUCUCUGCACUGGGCCAUAAGCUUUUCCUGAGCUUGAAUAAAUGAAAGAGACAGACAUUUAUACUUGACACUUUCUGUAACUUUCCAAUACUUGAAAUCAAGUCACAUAAUACCAAAGAUCACGACCAUGAAUAAGAGGAGGAGUUGUCUGUUCUCAGGAGAUCUAAAUGUGUUUUUGCACUAAGGUUACCUGCAAAUCCUCAGAAAAACUCAUCUGACCAUUGCAAGUGUUUACUUUUUUAAAAUAGAAGAGAGAGAAAGUGACAGAUGUGAUCUGGUCAAUGGGUUAGCAGAUUACACCUGGGCAUCCUAUGGUCCACAGGCCAAAAUUGACCCCUCGGUUCUCCCUGUCGAGCCUGUGUGAGUUUAAUGAGAAUUUAAUGACAAUUUAGGCUUCAAAGGUGAAAACGUAUAAAUGAUGCAGUUUGUCCCAUUUCAGUCAGCAAGCAGGGAAUGGCUUUCUUAUACAAAUUGCAAAUACAAGCACGUGACUGAUGCAGAGCAGGAACAGACAUCUGAACCUUUAAGCAAAGUUUGGAGAGUUGCUGUGCUAAUAUUCCCUGAUUAAAAAAAAUGAAGCAGACCUAAAUGCAAGAUGCAGGAUGCAGGAGUCAAACUUAAAAAUGAGUAUUUAAUGCAGAUUGAUCAGGAAAAUGUACAAAGUCAAAAACUCCAAAGAGGCAAAAGGCUAGAAAUACACAGAGCGAGGGAACACACUGCUCACACAGAUAACAUGACACAGGAAGACGGAGAAAAUAUAUAGAGAAGGUAAUGACGGAAGUGGAAACAGGUUGGGAGCAGAGCUGAUGACAGCGUAACAAGACUUGAGGGAAGAUACAAUUAAUAUAAGACAGAGAGCAAUAGCUACCAAAAUAAAACAGGAAGUAAGACACACUGAACAGAGAAAGAUUAACUUGACACAAGAGACACUGAAGGACAACAAAAGGGAGCUAACGAAAUUCCUGAAAGUCACAGUAACUAAAUCUAAGAACUAAAGACGCCGAUAACAAGACUGCCACCUAACCAGAAGGUUCAAGGAAAUCUGGAGCUUCAGUUGAAAAACAAAAUGGAAAAUGCUGACCUUUUCUUCUUCUCUCUGGAAAAGAGCUGUGAAGUCUGUGAUAAAGCCAUAUUACUCAUCUUUGUAUGUGGGAUAGCAAAAAAAUUUGGGGAACUGGCAGCAAUGCACUGAAUGAAAGGGACUAUGACAGGGGCACAUGGAGUAAUGGAGGUAACUCCACGCUUGGAUAGGCUGGGGCUGAGGUGGGACAAAAUGGCAAAGUCUCUCUCUGAUGUAACAUAAAGUGAGUGAAAUGAACCGAAACAGGUAUUUUUGCAGUGUGUUAUAUACUGCAAAAAUAUCAAUUUGGUGGUAUUUUGCACCACCAUAUUUUGGUGAGCACUGACUUGCACAACAUCAACAGGUGUUGCUAAAAAUUAACCAUGUUGUUGAUAUUUUAACUCAAAUAGUUAACUUCAUCAGGGCAGCAGCACUGAAUCACAGACAGUUUGUUGCACUAUUGGAGGAGCGGUGACAUAGGCUACCACAGCUGUCAGGUGACUCAGCCGGGGCAAAGUGCUAAAACAAAUGUGGGACCUAAGAGCAGAAAUUUUAGUUUUAUGAGAAGAAAGGCAAGGGGCGUUUCCAGAGCUCUCAGAUGCAGGUCUUGCAUUUGGCAUUGAAGAGGCAGUCCUUCACAUUUAAAAUAAAAAAAUUGCGAUGAGAAAGCAGCAGAAAACGCACAUGCAGAGGAAUUCACAGCACUGAAGAGGCCAGUCACAAUAGCUGUGUUGAUGUCAAGUGUAGUUACAUUUCCAGGGAGGCACACGUAAAGUUAUGGGGUUAGUGUUUCAGAGGGGUUUGUAGACAGAAGUCUAAAUCAACUGUCAGCUAUGACCCUGACUUUAAUGCACUUGUUCAAGACCAGAUUAAUCUUACUGAUCAAGAAAAAGGAAGAUGAAAUGAUUAAACUACAAGCAAAAUAGAAAUAGCACUCUGUUUGAAGUGGAAAUUUAGCAGAAAUGUGCCAUUUUUUUUUAAUGAUUUUGAAGUGGCCAUCAAAGGCAUUCCCACUUUCUUCUGUAGCCCCUUGAGAAAAUUUACUGCCUACCUCUGCUAUAAAGGAUAGGCUGGUCUAACCAUGAGCGGAAGGUUUGAAUAUAUUUUUAACCAAACUGAAGCUGGCAACACACAAGAGUUUAGACAUUAUAUGUGGGGCCUUUGAUCUAGUGCUAUAAACAGAAUCUAGGUAAUAAGUGUAUAUUAACUUCAGUGGGUCAGCACUUAUUUGGUAACUCAAGUUUUCUUUGUGUUUAACCCCAAACCAGCUGAUAAUUUAUUAAUUUUACUUCAAUUUUUUUCUUGAAGGAGAAGCCAAAAAUUUCCGUUUACUAGAAAUUUAUCUUUAAUCUUUAUCUCUAAGAUUGAACUGUAGUGGAAAGUACAGUUUUUAAUGUCUGACCCAGCGUCUCUAGAGCACAGUCUAAAUUUAACAGAUUAACAUGGUUGAGUCAGUGCUGGAACUUUAAGCUUUGAUUUAACUCUUAACUCAUGACCUUAUGUCUAGUCCUGUGUUCUGGAGACUUUCUGUGCUAAAAAUAGUUUGGUUUGUCAGUUAUCAUAUUCAUUUUUUGGUCCUCAUUUUUUAAAAUUGGGAAAACAAUUUUUAAAAAUGACUGGCGACCUGUUCAGGGUGUACCCCGCCUCUCGCCCUAUGACAGCUGGGAUAGGCUCCAGCGCCCCCUGCGACCCUGGAAAGGAUAAGCGGAAGCGAAUGGAUGGAUGGAAAUAAAUAAAUAAAUAAAUAGCAACAACACUGAUAAUGACUGAGAUGUCACAGGAUUCAUAUUUUUUGUCUUUUUUUGUAAGUAAAUCACGUAUCAGCAUUGCACUGAUGCCGUCAUAUGAGAUUGGCUAAAAGCUUGUGCUCUACAGUAGAGGCCUGAAUGUCUGAAUUUUGAGGUAGUUUUUCAAAGAGUGCCUUUUUA